AUGACCAAAAGAGAAAUUAAACAUUUUUUUGGUGUAGAAGAUCAUGAUAAAGGUAAUUAUGGUGAAUAUUCAAGGUAGCUUGGCGGUUUUCUUCAAGCACUUUAAUAAUAAUAUAUUCCGAAUAAUUUGAAUAGGUUGAUAAUCUCUGUCUCUACACGGUUUUGAGGUCCAUAAUUACGCAAUAACUCCAUCAGCAGUCUCAGUUCAAAUCAUCACAUGCAAUAGUAGUUUGCAGGUAGAUUGCGGUUUAUUUUAAAGUUUAGCAUUAAAGUUUUCCUUUUUUUAUCUCUCUGAACAACUGCUUUUAUUGGUUUUCUUUGUAAGUUCCUGAAUAUGAUGUCGCCAGUCCUUACCUGUCCAAUAAUCAGGGAGACUUCGUGUCUUAUUCCCUACAUCCUAGCCCGGCCAGGAGUAAACGAGACGCUGAUCGUUAUGCCGAGAAUUCCUAUUAUAAGUUGGAUACAUUUGGCACAAAACUUCAUUUGAGAUUAAGACGAAACGAACACUUGUUGGCUCCAGAUCUGAAGCUAGUGAGACAAAACGGUGACGGCACAACAACUUCGCAUCGAGCACCGCCAAAUACUUUUUAUCUGGGACAUGUUGUUUCAGAUCCACUCUCCACAGUCGCACUUAGCAACGAUGGAGGUCUGGUAAGUAAAAACUAAAAAUUAUUGACUCUAGAGACGUAACCACACUUCUUCUAUUGGUCUUCAUCCAAUAGAGCGCAAAAGAAAUUAGCGACGUGGGAAUCAUAAAAGUCAUAACUGAGAUGAUAGUGACAUUUGAAAAUUAUUUACAUUGUCAGACUGGCUUAGUGAAAACAUCACGUGAUACGCUGUUUCUGCACCCUCUUCCUCCACAUUUGGCUAAGCACGUGACGAGCAGUAAAGAUGCCACGCCCCACCUUGUAUAUCGAAGGUCUUUCGAAGACAGCGAU